GCGUUCAUGUCUUCCUCGCAAGUCAAGAGAUUGGUGCGAGUAAGUCGGUUGUGCAAGACAGCGCCCUGUCAUGGUUUGUUCUUCGCGGGGUUCAGGACGGCGCCGGUGGCUAUGACUUUGCCGGCAAUGCGUUCCCAAUCGAUCCAGUACCCCAAAACAUUGCAUAUUUGAAGAAGGCGAUUGAGAAGGAGAUGAAGCUGACCAUUGCUGCGCCCUUAAUCGACAUCUACAGCCAACAGGAUGGGCAGUGGAAGAAGGAAGAAAAGCUGGAUGCAAGCCUUCGUGACGCCGACUAUGAAAAUCCCUACGGCUACACAGUUGCGUGAAGGCUGGUCUCUUACCAAGCCACCUCUGCACACUUUGAAAUCCAAACGAAAUUGUCAUCGUUGAAAGUCUCCGAUUGAACGCGGCGCGUCAAAGCCAUCCACUCAGCAAACCUUCAAGACGAGCGCCUUUCAGGAAAAGAACCAGCUUUGACAAAGCGUUUGUUUCGAGCUAGCGACAAGAUGAAGUUGCCACAGCCGAAAGAUGAGCAGCUGGUACAGAAGCCGAAGAGCUGUUCAGCACAGAGUUUCACCCAAGCACGGCAUCUAGCACAGGACGAGAUGCAAAAGCCAAGUCAUUUGAAUGAAAGGACAGAAUAGCUAUAUAUAUAAUAGAAGAUGGGAUAUUUGGAAUGUUACAGAGAAGCUGAUUUGGAGCGGCUUUGAAGCUGUUGGUGAAGUGAAAUCUCAAAGUAAAAAAGUCAACUGUGCGCGGCCUAUUUGUCCAGGACAUUCGGCAUUUAGUCGUGUUUCAUCAGAAAACCGGAAACGGUCUGGUCAAUCUCGUCGAGAGAAAACCCGGGCGAUCCCAAA